GUUUGCUGUGUGAGGGUCCCUGGGUGGUGCAGACAGUUAACAUGCUCAGCUGUUAACCGAAAGGCUAGAGGUUCGAGUCUACCCAGAGGUACUUCAGAAGAAAGGCCUGGUGAUCUGCUUCCAGAAAACCAGCCCUGUGGGGCACGGCUCUACUCUGACACACACGGGUUUGCCGUGGGUCUGCGUCCACUUUGGCAACUGUUUUUUUUUUUUUUGGUUUCCUGUUCACUAUUUUUUUUUAUGGUAUUAAACAGGCCUGGAUUCCACACUUGCCCCACCUCUAUCUAGUGUUGUGGGACAGUGAGCAGGUGGCUUCCAACCCCAGUCUCCUUGUCCAGCCUCAGCUUCCCCACCCGUGACUUGGGUGGAUGGUGAUCCAGGCCCCACGGCUGCUGUGAGUUCAGGCAACCACUCCUCGGGUAGCGCACCCAGGCCGAGCUGGCCACACGUCUCUGUCCCGUAAGCGGCAUCAUUGGCGCUCUUUUCUCUAUCGGAGUCAUUGUCUGUUUUUUUUUGUUUUUUUUUAAGAAUCAAAUUCCUUCUAGGGAGUGAGUGCAGUUAAUAGACAGGACCUCCGAAGGGUCUUCUGCUCCCACCCUUACCCUACAUUCCUGGACCUCUUUCUCACUGUGGUUAUUAUAUUAACUCUAUUCUAGAGUGUGGCAGCUUGGCAGCCACCUUUCUUGGCUUGACAAGGUUUAUUACUAAUUCAGGCCUGCACCUUGGAAGGGCAGGUGAGGUCUCAUGUGCCUGCCUGCCCCACAUGUCUCAGGUCUCUAGGUCCUUCAGAGACCCCAUGCCGCUUCAAAGUGAUGUGACCCAGCAGUGUGCACUGCAGGGCUUCCUCAUUUAGGACAUCUGGUUCUUCCGAGGUUUUUUCUUUAAGGAAUAGCCUUGCAACCUGGAGGUUUCCAGUGAGCCCCCCCAGCAGGUAUAUGCAAUAAGGUAACUGCUGAGGCCUACUGGGCUUUGCAGCCUCCAGAAUUUCUGUUGGUGUCCUGGGAAUGUGAGACCAGCCCUGCCACAGUUGAUGGUUUUCUGAUUGGGGCCCAGGACGUGCAGCCGUGAUGCUCACCAUGCGCUGCUUCUGCCCUGCCCCUGCCUGCUACCCGCCCGCCCGCAGGCUCUGGGUCUCAAGCCCCUUUGCUUGUCCUGAGUUGGUCUGGCAUGCUGGGGAAGCCCCUCUGCGGAGUCACGGACCCUCACCACCAUUUCUACCUGGGCGGGGGAGUCCUGCCUCUCAGGCCGACAGCCAGGUUUUGAAUGUCUCGCUUAGGUUUUAGGGUCUCUCAGGUGACACAUGUCUGCACUGGUCCUGAGCCAGCUGACUUUACUCACUUGCUUCGUGCUGGAAGGCACCCAAAGGCUCUGUCAUAGCCGAAAGAGGAGAGGCAGGCUGUAAGCUCGGCUUCGCACGCAGCUCAGGCUCCCGCCUGGGCUCCUUUUGCAAGAAAAAAAAAGAGGGAGCUAUUUAUGGUGUGCUAUAAAUCUGCUGCUGCCAGCUAGAGGGAGCUGGGGACUAUUACGUAAGGCUGUCAGCGUGCAUUGCCUCCUUUUUCUCUUUUCCUUCCUUUUUCUCAGCGAUAGCGAUGGGUUUACAGAAGGCAGUCUGGCUGGGUAUUGCUGUUCUCUCGGUUGCAGCAGAAUUAUUUUUGGCAACUGGGCAGUUUGCUCACAGGGCAGCAGUUUUCAUUCCUGAGAACUGGAUUCAUGAAAUGGAUUUGUCCUUAUUGCUUAGGGCAGUUCCUCGGGGGCAGUGCUCACAUUGGUGGGUUUUCUUCUGUCUUAAGCAAAGUUCAGUAGGAGAGGGCUGGAGGCUGGGACUACGUUGGGUCAGAGCCAUUUUUUUCCAGUUGCCUUGAGUCAUGGACAUUUUGAGUGAUUGUUGAUUUCUUUAUUAUUUUGGGGUCUUUGCUUUCUCCAGAGCCACAAGAAAGGUGUAGCCUUAAAAAGGUCGUUUAUUCACAUGUAUAUGUGUGUGUGCCUGUGUGCGUGGGCAUGAGAGAGGAAAGACAUGCAGGACAGGCACACACACGUGCAGCCCCCAUUCCACGCUCAGGUCCUUCCUGAAGUCAUUCUAGUGGACACCCAUAAUAGGGUCUGGCUGUAGCCCUCCGUUGCCCUCGACCUCUCCUUUUCAAGGUGCCCUGCCAGGCUCUCAAGAGACCCUGGUAAUUGUCCUUGAGACCAUAUGGCAUCUCUUUUCCUGUGUCUUUGGCUACCCUGAUGCUGUUCUGACUUUCUGGCUCUAGAUGCUGAUCUUGGCUCCUCCAAAUCUCUCUUCUCAUUCUGUGGGUGGACACACAUGCCCUCUCCCAAGACGCUCCUUCCCUUUGCAAGUGUGGUAUAAUAGUAGUUGAAAAUUUUAAUAAGAAAGUUGAGUAGACUAAUAUUAUAAAAAAUAGUAUAAUUUUUUUAAUACGAUGUCAUAUAUUAACAUGUAAUAAGAAUUCAAGUGAUAAAUGCUUCUUCCCAGUUCUGCUUCUCCCACUAUUUGAGAUAAGACUUUGAGCAAGUCAUUUAACCUUUCCCCAGGUAUGUUCCCUACCCCGGCUCACAGAAUGAGAACUGUCCUACUAAGCUGUAAUGUAGAUUUGUCUUAUGGGACAAAUGGCGUCGUAGUCGUGAAAGCCCACGCUGAGCUGUAUCGUCCUGUAGGGCCUGUGUCUUCUUCUUGGUGACCUUGCUCAUUCCCUGACCUGGCACCAUUGCUGGAGAACUGUAACUUGUCCCUUCCUCAUCCUCCAACUGUCCAACAUUAAAUGAUAUUUUCCACUACUUAGCCACUUGUCCAGUUAUUUAAGGAGCCGGCCUGGCCUGAUACGAGUGCCAGAAAGGUCAAAUGAUGCAGAGAGAGAGAAGAUGGAGAAGGAGGGGAGGAGCAGUCCUGUGGGUGCUCUCUCACCGGCCCAGUGCAGCCUUGGAGGUUGGACCCCGUCUUUGGGCUGAUUGGAAUGUGCAUAUUUUUUUUAUUUGGGCUUGAGUGGCUGAGGCGGCUUAACCAGUAAGCUCUGUAGGCACCGGCUGGCAUUAAGCAAGGUACGCACGGGCUUCAUUCUAUUUACUUGCUAAUCUGUAGUGAGCAAUUUCACAUGGGUUUCACCACAUCUUUGACGUGGUGGGGGACAGGUGAAAUUGUGCACUGCAGAUUGGUGGGAAGGCACAGUUGGGGGCUGUUUGUACCUUGACUUCAUUGGGUAAUCCGGCCCUGUUGAGUGGUCUUGGUGGGGUCUUUGGUUUUACUUGUUUUGCCCUGUCAUGACAAGAGGGUUGUUUUAAAAGAGUGCACAACUAUGGGAGAGUGAUCAGUGGUCAGGGAUCACACGGAACACUGCUGUGUUUGUCUGGUGCUCUCAACUCUGGGGCAGACUAGAAAGAGCAGUGUCUCUGGAGCCAUUGAAAUCUAGGUUCAAAUCCUGGGCAAGUUACUUAAUCUCUGAGCCUUUUUCCUGUAAAAAGAAGCUACUGAUAUUACUUUUAAGGAGCUCUGGUGGCACAGUGGUUAAGGCGAUCAACUGCUAACUGAAAGGUUGGCAGUUCGAAACCACCAGCUGCUCUGCUGGGGAAAGAUGUGGCAGUCUGCUUCCAUAGAGAUUUACAGACUUGGAAACCCUAUGGGGUUGCUGUGAGUCGGAAUUGCCUUGCUGGCCGUGGGUAUUUUUUUUGGGUGAUAUUAGUUUGUAGGUUGUAAGCCAUAAAUGAGGUCAUGGAUGUAAAUUAGGAAGCACGGUGCCUCACCUGUAGCUCAUUUUGCAAUUACAGGAGUGCUGUGGCUGUCUGCACUUUAAAAUAGCACAUGGUGGUUUUCAUCGUUUUCUAAGCAGGCAGCAGAGAAGCAGCUAUAGGAGUGUAAGGAAAAGAAUCGCCCUGCCGAGAGGGUUGGGAGACCCUGGUGCUGGUCCUACCUUUGGCAAGGUCUUUUGUUCCUUGGAGCCACUUAAGGUGGGUGCCAAGAUCCUGGAGUGCCCAUCUUUACUUUAAAUUCAAAUCUUGAUUUCCUUUAGACCCAAUCACAGCCUGGGAGUUAGCUGUCUUUCCACGUGGUUAUCCCUGAUAUAGAAACAAUGUGUUGAAAACAUGCCUUCCUUGUAUUUCAGCUGCUAAAGGAUUAUGGUCCAUAGGCCAAGUCCCAGGCUUUUGAUCGAGUCACAGGCUCACCAUGCUGGGCCUGGCAGGGUGCUGUCUCCUCCCAGCGACUUGUCAAGGAGGCGGUGGUACCCACAUUUUGCGGAUGAGAGACAUCUUGGGACCCGGCCAAGGGCUGCAAUUCCCUGUUAGGAGCCCCUGCUGGUACACCAGACCCACCGGGCUGUCUGCCCGACUGCCCCAGACUCCGGCAGCGGGGACCCCUGAUGGCAGUAGGCACCUCCCCGUGAAACCUGCCAAGCUGGACGCCACAGUUCUGCACGACGACGCUUUGGUCAGCCCCGUGUCCCCUUCAGAGGCGUGCCACCAUGCAGUCCUAGCCUGCAGCCUGGGCAUCCCCGAGGAACACUAUGUAAGCGAGGCUGUGGAAGAUGCUCCCAGCUUCAGAGGGUACCGGGAUGCCUGCACCAUUACCGAUGUGUGCAACAGCACUGACCUCCCGGAAGUUGAGAUCAUUAGCCUGCUGGAGGAGCAGCUGCCCCAUUAUAAGUUAAGAGCCGAUACCAUCUACGGUUAUGACCACGAUGACUGGCUCCAUACGCCGCUCAUUUCUCCUGAUGCCAACAUUGACCUCACAACUGAGCAAAUUGAAGAGACGCUGAAGUACUUCCUUUUAUGUGCUGAAAGAGUUGGCCAGAUGACUAAAACAUACAAUGACAUAGAUGCUGUUACUCGUCUUCUUGAGGAGAAAGAGCGGGAUUUAGAAUUGGCUGCUCGGAUCGGCCAGUCAUUGUUGAAGAAGAACAAGACGCUAACCGAGAGGAACGAGCUGCUGGAGGAGCAAGUCGAACACAUCAGGGAGGAGGUGUCUCAGCUUCGGCACGAGCUGUCCAUGAAGGAUGAGCUCCUGCAAUUCUACACCAGUGCCGCCGAGGAGAGCGAGCCCGAGUCCGUCUGCUCGACCCCGUUGAAGAGGAAUGAGUCGUCCUCCUCAGUCCAGAACUACUUUCACUUGGAUUCUCUUCAGAAGAAGCUGAAAGACCUUGAAGAGGAGAACGUCGUGCUUCGAUCAGAGGCUUGCCAGCUGAAGACAGAGACCAUCACCUAUGAGGAGAAGGAGCAGCAGCUGGUCAAUGACUGCGUGAAGGAGCUGAGGGAUGCCAACGUCCAGAUUGCCAGCAUCUCAGAGGAAUUGGCCAAGAAGACUGAAGAUGCUGCCCGGCAGCAGGAGGAGAUCACACACCUGCUGUCACAGAUCGUGGAUUUGCAGAAGAAGGCCAAAGCGUGUGCAGUGGAGAACGAAGAGCUUGUCCAGCAUCUGGGGGCUGCCAAGGAUGCCCAGCGGCAGCUCACGGCCGAGCUGCGUGAGCUGGAGGACAAAUAUGCAGAGUGCAUGGAAAUGCUUCACGAGGCGCAGGAGGAGCUGAAGAACCUCCGGAACAAAACCAUGCCGAACACCACUGCCCGGCGCUACCACUCUCUGGGCCUGUUUCCCAUGGACUCCCUGGCCGCGGAGAUCGAGGGGACGAUGCGCAAGGAGCUGCAGUUGGAAGAGCCUGAGUCUCCAGAUGUCACUCACCAGAAGCGUGUCUUUGAAACUGUGAGAAACAUCAACCAAGUCGUCAAGCAGAGGUCCCUGACCCCUUCCCCCAUGAACAUCCCCGGCUCCAACCAGUCCUCAGCCAUGAACUCCGUCCUGUCCAGCUGUGUCAGCACCCCCAGGUCCAGCUUCUACGGCAGUGAUGUCAGCAACGUUGUCCUCGACAACAAGACCAACAGCAUCAUCCUCGAAACAGAACCGUCUGACCUGGGGAACGAGGACCGGAAUAAGAAGCCGGGAACGCCGGGCACCCCCGGCUCCCACGACCUGGAGACGGCGCUGAGGCGGCUGUCCCUCCGCCGGGAGAACUACCUCUCGGAGAGGCGCUUCUUUGAGGAGGAGCAGGAACGGAAGCUCAGGGAGCUGGCGGAGAAGGGCGAGCUGCUCAGCGGCUCCCUCACGCCCACGGAGAGCAUCAUGUCCCUCGGCACACACUCCCGCUUCUCCGAGUUCACCGGCUUCUCGGGCAUGUCCUUCAGCAGCCGCUCCUACCUGCCUGAGAAGCUUCAGAUCGUGAAGCCGCUGGAAGGUUCUGCCACCCUUCACCACUGGCAGCAACUGGCCCAGCCUCACCUCGGGGGCAUCCUGGACCCCCGGCCUGGUGUGGUCACCAAGGGCUUCCGGACACUGGACGUCGACCUGGAUGAAGUGUACUGCCUUAACGACUUUGAAGAAGAUGACACAGGUGACCAUAUUUCCCUCCCGGGCCUAGCUACCUCCACGCCAGUUCAGCACCCAGAGACCUCAGGUGAGAGGUCCCGAGCACGUGUGACUGUCUCAGGCAGCAGAAGUUACCCGAGCCGGCCUCAGGCUUUCCCCGAGGAGAUGCAGGAGCCGCCAGCGGUCACGGAGAAGGAGGAGGAGGAGGAGGAGGGGUCUGCACACCACCCUGGGAAGUGCAUGUCACAGACCAACUCCACCUUCACCUUCACCACCUGCCGCAUCCUGCAUCCUUCAGAUGAGCUCACGCGGGUCACACCAAGCCUUAACUCAGCCCCGACUCCAGCUUGUGGCAGUGCCAGCCACUUGAAGUCCACGCCGGUGGCCACGCCGUGCACAUCCCGGAGACUGAGUCUGGCUGAGUCCUUCACCAACACCCGCGAGUCCACCACCACAAUGAGCACAUCACUCGGGCUGGUGUGGCUGCUGAAGGAACGGGGUAUCUCGGCAGCCGUGUAUGACCCCCAGAGCUGGGACCGGGCCGGCCGGGGCUCCCUUCUGUACUCGUACACCCCCAGGAUGGCUGUGAUCCCCUCCACCCCUCCGAACUCGCCUAUGCAGACACCCAUGUCUUCCCCACCCUCCUUCGAGUUCAAAUGCACAAGCCCGCCCUAUGACAACUUCCUGGCUUCCAAACCCGCCAGCUCCAUCCUGAGGGAAGUGAGGGAAAAGAAGAGCGUCCGGAGCAGCGAGAGCCAGACAGAUGUGUCUGUUUCCAACCUCAACCUCGUGGACAAGGUCAGGAGGUUUGGCGUGGCCAAAGUGGUGAACUCAGGACGAGCCCACAUCCCCACCUUGACUGAGGACCAGGGGCCUCUGCUCUGCGGGCCCCCAGGGCCAGCACAGGCCCUGGUCCCUGGAAGCCUAGUACCUGAGGGCCUGCCGCUUGGGUGCCCGACCGUCACCAGUGCCAUCGGUGGACUGCAGCUCAACAGUGGCAUCCGACGGAACCGUAGCUUCCCCACCAUGGUGGGGUCCAGCAUGCAGAUGAAAGCCCCCGUGACUCUCACCUCAGGCAUCUUGAUGGGUGCUAAGCUCCCCAAACAAACCAGCUUGCGGUGAGGAUGGGAGGGCUGUUCCCCUAGAAGAGACCCACGUUCUCCCAUCUCGUUCCCUUCGUCCCUCUUCCCCCCCUGCGGUGUGUUCUCCCCCCUUCCCUUCUCUGUUCGCCCCCUCCUGAGCUUGACAAAUCAACCUUGUGCCUAAUGGGGAAGAGUGUCACCUUGUCAAGUGUGUACAUAGGACCGGGAGUCCUGGUGUCUGCCCUGAGCUCUCUCUGGGUCACUCGGCACUCUCCUUACUCUCCUGGGGACCUCACCUGUGCUCACCUGGGGAAAGGUGGGUAUCUUUAUUUCUUCUUUCCUUCUGAGAAGCACUGGAGCUACCAAGUGCAUUCUUAUCCUAUGGAUAGGAAACCAGUGGGUUCCCUGGCUGGCCGGCCAAAGCGGAGGCCUGUGGUGUGGACCAUGAGCUGUCAUCACAUGGCACAGAUCAUAAGGCGUCUGCCACCUGGGUGUCACCCAGGACGCCCCAUCCACCCUAUGAGAGCAUUAGGCUGCCACAGGCAGCCCUGGGUGCUGAUAGGCUCCUGAUUGGAGAGCUCUUCUCUCUUUUACGGGUGGCCCAGCUUCUCCAGAGACCUCCACCACUCUGCCUCAGUGGACGGCCGUUUCUUUUUCGAGGUGUGACUUUUUCCUUUCCUGCCUUCAACUUGAAGUCCUAUGUUUUGUAAUCAGCUGUCAGGCCAAACGUCUGACCUGAAAGAGAAUGUAUUUCCACGCCUGCUGCUCUGUCCGGCAGCCCUCCCUCCGUGUUCCGUGUGGUCCAUUUUUAGUUUUCCUUUUUUUUAUAUGCAGGGAAGUAAUGGUACCGGCUGGGAAGUCGCAGCAUCUGUUCUGUGUGGUCCUCUGGCACCAAAAUGUAAAUUUCAAACACACCCAGCUGCUAAGGAGAUAGCAGCUUGUAUCUGGGCCCAGUGUCACAACCAGAUAGAUUGAACCAGACCCAAGACAGCUGUAACAAUAAGAUGAAAGGGGAAAGGGAGUGGGGGAAAGUUGGUCGAAGAAACUUGUCAGCUGUAAAAGCAAAGGGGAAAAACCACAACCAGGACUACCAGUAAUAAACCGGAUGGAGGAAGAGGCAAGUCUUCUGGGAUUCCGCCGGUUCCUGUCCUUAUCAGGAAAAGCCAGGCCGGUAAACAGGCCUUUGCUUGCCCAGUCUCCUGCUACAGGCAUUCGGUGCCCAUGCGCUUUGCCGCCUUAUUUCAGGACAGGGCAUGGCCCACCAAGGCUGUUUGCUUCCCCCCACAGCCCUUUCUCUCUUCCUGCCAUGUUUUAUCCUUAGGAAAAAAUAGAGGUGCCGGUGAAAAGAACCACACACGAACAAGGGAGCCUGGCCCUGUUGCUGUCACUGACCAAGUUAUGAACGUUUAUUUAUUAUUUGUGUGUGCCUGUGUUUGAAAUACUCUCUCUCCUUUCCCAGCUCCAGUCACAGUGUCUCUGUGGCAUCUCGAUCCAAGCAGAUCAUGUAUUUAUUAUACUCUGAGGACUACCAUAUUUUAUGCAAAUAGCGUGCGCCUUCUAUAUUCAUUUGCCAACCGAGUCCUCCACCCGUGAGGUAUUUUUAUAAGCACCGCUAUGCCUUUUUUUUUUUUUUUUUUUACACUUUGCUGUAAAGAAAUUAGCAUAGCGUGCUUAGGAAAAUGAAUCUCGGGGAGGCGCCAGUUGGCAAACAAAUGUAAAACGUGCAUGUUAUUUGUGUAAAAAUGCAGUACGCUGUACAUCAUGGUGUUUUGUGUCAUUUGUUCCAGACGUUUAUGGAAAGAUAACAUCAUAUAAAUGAAAUUGUCAUCUUGACCCACUCCCCUUCCCCCAGUAAAAUGUAUGUACCCUUAAACUGAGUGAGUGUAACCUUACGUCCACCAAGGAUGCUUUUGAGAAGGACCCCAGGAGCGAGCUUCUGUCCCACGAUUUCAGACUAUUUAUUCUUCCUGAACACGAGAGUGUUGGUUGAUUAUGUUCUCAACUCUCCUCGCUGUUGUACGUGUGCACUCACAGCAAGUAACUUAUAUGUUUUUAUUUUAAUGUAUUUUAAAGCCGUAGUUAGAAUAACAAAGGAAUACAAGAAACAUGGACUGAGUGGACCACUUCAUGUAUUCAGAAAGAGGAGCCACCCUCCCUCACAAAGGAAGUACCAGUAUAAAAAUCGACAAUUUGGAGGUUGCAGUAUUUAGUCUAGUACAUAAAUAAAUGAUAAACAUCAUACAACCACUACCAAAAAAGUGUGUUGUAACGCAUCAAAAAUCAACAAUAAAAUUUUAUUUGCUAAUGGAUAUCAAUAAAAUAAAUUCAAAUGAUGGAGCCACACUGGUAUUCUGAUUUAUAUUUUUAUUUUUUCACUAAGGAGAGGAUCUCUUUAUGUAAGACUUAGGUGUUACCAGAGUGCCAUAAUGAAAAAUCCUCGUAUAUGUGUGAUUUUCCACGUAUGUAAGUCUAUCUGUGGGGUAAAUUCCAGAUAGAAAUUGCCAAAUUGUCCUCCAUAGGGUUAUGGUAAACCAAAAAAAAAAAAAAAAAUGCCAUCAAGUUGAUUCUGACUCAUGGCAACUCCAUAUGUUACAGGGUAGAACUGAGAUCUAAACUCUUUUCUUGGCUGUAAUAUUUAUAGAAGCAGUUUGCCAGGCCUUUCUUCCACUGUCCACCACUCAUCCGUCAGUUCAUCGUACUGUGGUGGCCUUCGUGUUGCUGUGAUGCUAGAAGCUAUGCCUCUGGUAUUUCAAAUACCAACAGGGUCACCCAUGUGGACAGGUUUCAGUGGCGCUUCCAGAUUAAGACUAGGAGAAAGGACCUGACCAUCUACUUCUGAGAGAAUUGGCCAGUGAAAACCUUAUGAAUAGCAGCAGAACACUGUCUGACAUAAUGCCGGAAGAUGAGCCUCUCAGGUUGGAAGGCACUCAAAAUAUGACUGGGGAAGAGCUGCCUCCUCAAAGUAGAGUCAAUCUUAAUGAUGUGGAUGGAGUCAAGCCUUUGGGUCCUUCAUUUGCUGAUAUAGCACGACUCAAAAUGAGAACAGCAGCAAACAUCUUCCACAGUGCUGGGUGGGUUCAAACCACCAACCUCUCAGUUAGUAGCCGAGCACAAACUGCACUGCCCAGGGACCUUUUAGAGUUAUGGCAAGAGACAUUUAAAAGCCCAGGACAGUGGAGGGCCACCAGAGGGGGGAUUCUGAGACAGACAAAAGGAUCAAAUAAAAUUUAGUCGGCCACUUCAGUAUUUGGGAACAGUGACAUCAGGCAAGCAAACACUCCAGUGGGUGGUAGCAUCAUGAAUUUUAAAACAGGUGCUACCAUUUGGUAGUCAUAUGAUCUUGGACAAGCCACUUCUUGGAGUCCUCCAUUUUUUUUUUAACCUGUAAAAUGGCAACAGAAAUACACUUUAGGGUUAAUUCGUUAAGUAUAUGUAUUUUGAGCACCUACUUUGUGCCUAGCAUUGUGCUAGGUCCUGGGAAUAUGGUGAUAAACAGGUGAGCAGUUCUUACUCUCAUGGAGUGUAUGAUCUACUGAGAGGAGAAAGAACACCAAACAUGGCAGCAUAACAAGGGUUAGGCAGCAUAAUAAGACAGGGUUAUGGAGGGAGUGGGUAGCUCCUUUGGACUGAGCAGUGUCUUAGUUAUGCAGUGCUGCAGUAACAGAAAUAACCACAAGUGGGUGGCUUUAAUAAAUUUAUUUUCUCACAGUUUAGGAGGCUAGAAGUCUGAUUUCAAGGCACCGGCUCUAGGAGAAGGCCUUCUCUGUUGUCUCUGGGGAACGUCCUUGUUCCUUGGUUCCUUGGUGAUCUUCAUGUGGCAUGGUACCUGUCUUGCCUCAUCUCUGUUUACUUCUAAAUGCCUGAUCUGCUGUUUUUUAUAUCUGAAAGGUGAUUGGCUUAGCAUACACCUGACACUGAUAUGGCCUCUUAACAAAGAAAACCCAUUCCCAAUGAGAUUAUAACCACAGGUAUAGGGAUUAAGAUUUACAACAUUAUUUUGGGGGGGCACAAUUCGAUCUGUAAGAGGCAGUCAGGGAAGGCCUCUCUGAGGAGGUGAGAUUUGAGUCAACCAAUUGAGAAACGGCACAAGAGCCUUUAGGGCAGAGAGAAAAGCUGGUGCAAACGCCCCAAGGUGGGGAAGCAUUUGGUGCGUUUGAGGAGCAGAGAGAAGGCUGGUGUGGGUGAGUGGCGGUGGGAGAAGGAGAGCUCAAUUGUGGCAGAGAAACCAUGGUGCUCACCAGAUGGCCCAUUGGAUGGAUCCUCGUGUUGCCCAGCCACUUUGCAAUUUGACAGGUCACAUGGUUAGUUCUGGCCAAGUGGUCAGUGAGCAGAGACAAAUCCAUGCACGACUCUCUGUGCUCUUCACCCUGUGUGUUAAAAAUUCCCUGAAACCCUCAGUGGAAAUGGUGGUGUCACGAGUUGGUGGAGCCUCUAUCCUAGGUCUCUGGGUAACGUGUGGACCAGAACUCUCUACCAACCCACGUUUGACAUGUUACCUGAAGGAGACUGGUUCUUAUUAAACCAGUGAGAUUUGGGGGUAGUUUAUUAACACAGCAUAGCAUCACCUAUCCUGACUAACACAAGAUAGGAGAAGUCAGAUAAAGGGGGGGAACCAAUCAGAGCUUUCUAAGCCCUGGUGGCAUAGUGGUUAAGUGCUCAAUCGCUAACUGAAAGGUUGGCAGUUUGAACCCAACAGCCCCUCUGUGGAAGAAAGAUGAGGCAGUCUGUUUCCAUAAGGAUUUACAGCCUUAGAAACCCUGUGGGGCAGUUCUACUCUGUCCUAUAGGGUUGCUAUGAGUCGGAAUCGACUCGAUGGCGGUAGAUUUUAAAUCUAAGUGUAAUGGGAAGCACUUGAGUGGGGGCUUUAAACAAGGGAGUAACCUGACCUGAUUGAUAUUUUUAAAAUCACUGAUGGCUGGGUGGAAAAUGGGUUGUAGGAAAGUAAGAGUGAACACGGAAACCUGUUAGGAGGCUACGCUGAAGUCCAAGCAAGAGACAAUAAUGGCUUGAAUUAAGCUGUUGUCUUUGGGAAAUGAGAGAAGAGGAUGGAUUUGAGAUGUGUCUUGGAGAUGGAGCCAAGAGAUCUUGCUGAUGGGUUGGAUGGUGGCAGGGAGCGGGGGACAGUGAGAAAACAGAGAAUCAUGGGAAAUUCCUGGAUUUUUGACCUAAGAACUGGAUAGAUGAUUUACUGGCUGUGGAAGCACAAAAAGUAACAAUGUGUUUCGGACAUUAGAAUGUGUGUGACUGAGAGGCCAGUUGUCAGUAGGAUAUCUAUAAUUUAUCAUCAUGCUAGGACACAAUGAAAAGGGUGCUGGGACCACAGUCAUAAACCGGGGCUGUCCAGCAAGUGAAAACCACAUGGUCAUUCUGCCGGUAGUGUGUCAUGGCCUCCACUCUUGACCAGUGCUGAUGGAUGAAAUAGGGAGCGACUUCUGAAUCAUGUGGGCACCUUCUGUCUUAGUCUUGGUUCUCUAGAAGAGCGAAACUAAUGAAGCGCAUAUAGAUAUAUAUACAGAGAAAUUUACUUCAGGGAAAUGGCUCACACACAGUGAGGAUUGGCAAGACCAAAUCUGUAGGUCAGAGGACAGGCUGACAACCACACAGUUGCAGGCACUGUUGAGCCCAAAACCUGCAGGUCAGGCAAGAGGCUGGAGGCUUUUGCUGGCUUACAUCCUAAGAACUGGAGAUCAGGUGCUGAGAAGAUUGCAGAGGAGAGAGAGAGAGAGAGAUCUUUGCAGGAACAUCCUUUUAUAUACUGGAUGCAGGCCACACCCCCCAAGGAAACUCCCCUUCCAACGUAUUGGCUGCACACAUCAGAUCACAAAAUGGAAAGUGAUUACAUAGUGUCUGCCAAACUACUGAGGAUCAUAGCCUAGCCAAGUUGACACAUAACAUUAACUGUCACUUCUUCUAUAGCUCCUGGGCUCCAUGGACGGCACUGUCCUUGUGCCAGCAGAGAAAUGAUAUGAAUUCUCUCAUUCAUGCCUUCAUACCCAUACCAGCAAUUAAAAAACAACAACAACCCUGUCCUUCAGUUCUGGUUUCUUUUCCCUACACUUACAUUAAGAUACCAUGUGUAAAGUGAGGUGGUUCAUUUUUAAGAACCCAAUUUUUAAUAAAUGUACCUUUAUGGAGCCAACUUUUAUUUUGCAGAGGUUAUUUGCCAAUGAUUGCAGUUGUAGUCAUCACUAUGUUUGCUGCUUGACUUCUGGACCUCGGAGACAUCCCACUGAAGGAAAGUGUCACUAGGUCCUUUGCUGGGCACAGAACCCUCCAGGCUCUAAGCCUAUACAUCUUUUAUGUCCUGGAAGUACAGUUGCCCACCUGGGAGCUCAUCUUGCAUGUCUCUCAGCAUCUCAAACUGAUAUAUCCAGGAAAGUAUUAAGAUAAAGUGAUAUAACGUCUGCCAGUCACUUUCAAAUGUUUCUGGGAAGAGCAAAGAAUGAGAAUUUGUUUUAAAAGGAAUAUGUGGAAAAACGGGAUUGUCUUAGUCAUCUAGUGUUGCUAUAACAGAAAUAGCACAAGUGGAUGGCUUUAACAAAGAGAAAUUUAUUUUCUCACAGUCGAGUAGGCUAGAAGUCCAAGUUCAGGGUUUCAGCUCCAGGGGAAGACUUCCUCUUUCUGUCGGCUCUGGAGGAAGGUCCUUGUCAUCAGUCUUCCUUGGUCUGGGAGCAUCUCAGUGUAGGAACCCCAGGUCCAAAGAACAUGCUCUGCUCCCAGCUCUGCUUUCUUGGUGAUAUGAGGCCCCCAUGUCUCUCUGCUCACUUCUUUCUUUUAUAUCUCAAAAGAGAUUGGCAUAAGACGCUACUAAUCUUGUAGGCCUCAUCAAUAUAAUUACCGCUAAUCCAUCUUAUUACAUCAUAGUGAUAGGAUUUACACCAUAUAGGAAAAUCACAUAAAAGUGGUGGACAAUCACACAAUACUGGGACUCGUGCCCCAGUUAAGCUGACAUAUUUUGGGAGGACACAAUUCAAUCCAUAACAGGGAUUGAUCUCAAAAGGUGGGAUGAACCCUAACAAUAGAGGAUGUGUCUUAUAAACGAUAAAAGUAAAUGCAUUCCUGUCUUCUGGGAUGUAGGAGACAUGUUCGAGGUGGUCUGGUUUUUCCUCCCGUUCUGUUAGGAAUGUGCUCACUAUAUCCCAAGUCCUUCCUCCAGCCCCAGGAGCUCAACCUGAAGACAUCAUGGCCUAAAGGGAAGUUGUCGAAGAGUUAGCCCAGGGGGCUAGAAAACAAAGAUGUCAAAUUCUUCGUUUUUAAUUUUGGAGAAUGAAAAACCGGGUAUAACCUUUGGUAUAAAACCAAAGGAUUUGGAAUAAAAGCCUACUGAGGUACUGUUUCUCUUUUUACUGCUCACCCUUCUCUGCUUCUCCCACCCCCAAAUACACAUCACGACCCAGCCAGAUCAAGCUGGCGAAGGAAAGGAGGGAGUUGGAGAUCAGACACAGGACUGCCUCUGCCUUUCCCACUAAUGGCCCAAGCACAGGGUCACAGGAAGUCCCCUGGAUGAGUCUGGAGACCCAAGAACAGACGAGCUAGCUUCCCACGGUGGCCUGGGGAAGUGGGUCGUGGCAGAGCCCAGCCAAGCCCUCACUCCCAUGACAGGGCCAGGGCACCCAGCAGUGAGGGUGGAGCUCAGCGGAGUGUU